AUGACGGGUGUUACAAGAGAGGGAUUUAAUUUUUUGGCAAUUCAAGAAACGCAAACUAAUAAUAUUCCGGAUAAAGUUUUUAAAAGUUACUGGGGAAAUUCCAUUUUUGAGUCGGAAGUAGUCGAACCAAGGGGGAGAUCGGGUAGGAUAGUAAGUUUAUGGGACCCAGGGGUGUUUAAAAAGAUUGACAGUGUGAAAGAAAAUAACUUCCUGCUGAUUAAGGGUAGAAUAAAAGGUUGUGAGGAAGAUGCGUAUGUGGUGAAUGUAUACGCACCACAAAAAGUAAAAGAAAAAUCCGAGUUGUGGGAGAAGAUUAUGAGAUUAAAACUAAAUUCGCCGGGGAAGUGGUUCAUUAUUGGGGAUUUCAAUGUCGUUAGAGUCGCGGAGGAAAGAAAAGGGUCAAGAUUUAAUCACCAAAGUGCCAGGGAGUUUAACUCCUUCAUUUACUCGGCUGACUUACACGAAUACAUGAUGAAAGGAGGUUACUUCACAUAUAUGAUCAGGGAUGAGAAGGGUACUAAGCUGAGCAAAACCGACAGACUGUUGGUAUGUAGAGGGGUUUUGGAUAGUUGGCCUUCUGCUUGUUUCAGGGCCUUGCCUAGAAAGCUUUCUGAUCACAACCCGAUAUUGUUGUCAGUUAAGGACAUCAACUUUGGACCUAAGCCUUUCAGAAUUUUCAGCUCUUGGUUGGAGAAGGAAGGUUUUGAAGAGUUUGUUAAGGAGGCUAAGGAGUCGUUCAAUUUCCAUGGGCUCCCUGACGUGAAGUUGAUGUUGUUAUUCAGACACAUUCGCUCACAUGUUAAAAGAUGGAGAGAUAAGACUUUGGAGAAAGAAGGGGAAGAACUUGGCAACUGUGUACUCAAGUUAGAGGAAUUAGAUGCAAUGUUGGAAAAUAAGGAGUUAUCCGAGGAAGAGGAGUGGACGAGGAUAGAAUGUAAAAAGAGAAUCAAUGAGAUAGAGUACCGAAAGGAAAAAGACAUUAGACAGAGAUCGAGGUGUCGAUGGGCGAUCGAUGGGGAUGAAAACACUAAAUUUUUUCAUGGACUGAUAAAUAAUAGGAAGGUGAGUAAUAUGAUUCAGGGUCUGCAGGUGGGGGACGAGUGGGAGUCUAACCCUAAGAAGAUUAAAAAACAAGUCCAUGACUUUUUUAGGAACAAGUUCAAGGAAACAUGGGAAAUGAGACCGGAGCUGCAGUGCUUCUUUGAGUCGAGGCUUGAAGAAGAGGAAUCUAAGACACUGGAAGAAAAAUUUACGGCCGAAGAAAUUAAAAAGGCUGUUUUUGAUUGGUCGACGAUAGGGCUCCCGGGCCCGAUGGGCUGA